UAAGCUUCAUUUGUGUACUACCAGAGGCAGCUUUAAGAUUUAGUUUGAUCAUAGAACAGUGCGCGGCACGUGGUUGCGUCGAUCCGUCCGUCCCCCGCGACUUGAUUGCGAUACGCGAGAGCGCGAGGAGUGCGACGCACUGACUGCUGCCGAGUUGCCGAUUUCAGAGUUUAGACCGGCCAAACUACCAGUUCUCGUAAGACCGUACGACAGUGAACAGUGUUAAUACUUCGUGCGCAAUCUCGUCCUUUCGAAAAAUCACAUUUUCUUACCAUUUUUUGCGCGCCUUGUCCAGAAUGGCAGCUACUGACGAACUUAGUGGCAUUUUAAUGAGAAGGCAAGCCAUAAACGAAAAAUUAGAGGAAGGCGUUGAGGUCAAGCCGAAAUAUAAAUUCGUGAAUGUUUAUACCGAGUUUCACGAAUUCUCCAGGAAGGAAAUAAAACAAUAUGAACACACAUUCAACAAAUUCGACGAAGGUCAAGAUGGAUUUCUAGAUAUCACUGAAGUUAAACGUAUGAUGGAACGCCUUGGAGCACCACAAACACAUCUUGGUUUAAAAGCCAUGAUCAAUGAAGUCGAUGAAGAUGGCGACAACAAGAUUAGUUUUCGAGAAUUCUUAUUGAUUUAUAGGAAAGCACGAGCUGGUGAACUUGAAUCAGAUUCGGGAUUAGAAGCCUUUGCAAGGUUAACUGAGAUCAACGUUGAUCAAGUCGGGGUUAAUGGAGCAAAGAAUUUCUUUGAGGCAAAGAUUGAAGAGCUCGCGAAAACGAACAAAUUCCACGACGAGAUCGUUCAAGAACAAGAGGAAAAACGCCGCGAGGCUGAGGAGAAGGCUAUGCGGAAACAGAAGUUCAAAGAAAAAACAGCUUUAUUUCAGCAGUAAUUAAAGAUUAAAAUUAAGUUGUUAUCUAUCUAGUCUAUAAGCUGUUACCACAUGGCUUUAGAAAAAUAACCCAAUAUUAUAUAGGAAAGUAGGCGGAAGAAAUAUUGUAAAAUUUUAUUCGUCUUAAUUAUUAUUAUUUUUUUGUUUCGAUGUUUUAACUUUCUCAUAUCGAUGGCUCCUAAGUAUACUGAGUCAACUCUACUUCUAAUAACUUUACAGGAAGUCGAUAAGAAGAGCGUAAGGUUUAUAAUAUUUCAAAUGUUAACACAAUCAAAAG